CCCCGCCCCCUCCACACGUGUGUCCGAAAACUUUUUAGAAGACAGUAUAAAGCCACUCUGCUUGCAGUUUAUGAAUCUUAACUUUAACAGUUACCAGUUUCAGUAUAUGUCGGCGUUAUAAAACUAUAGUUCGUCUGCUUCUAGAAUAAUCACGGAACAUAAGAUGGCGGACCAUUCAGAACGCGAUGAAUUUACCGAGCUGCCAGAUCUAAGCGAAUUUCUCCGGGAGGAUCCCUACUUAGUGCCCUACCAAGAAGACUUAUGUCGCAGGUACCAGUUGUUCACUGAGAGGUUGUCUAAGUUGGAGGAGGCUGAGGGGAGUUUUGAUGACUUCACCAGGAGUUACAUGUCCUAUGGUGUCCAGAGACAGGCUAAUAACAGCCUGAUGUUCAGAGAGUGGGCUCCGGGAGCUCAGGCCUUGUUCCUCACUGGGGACUUCAAUGACUGGAACAGUACAUCCCACCCCUACACUAAGAAAGAGUAUGGUAAAUGGGAACUUUACCUUCCUCCUAAAAGAGACAAGGCACCUGCCAUUGAACAUGAGACCAAACUCAAGCUAGUGGUACUGACGUCAGAAGGGGAGGAGUUAUUCCGUAUCUCUCCGUGGGCCAAAUACUGUCACAAACAUGUGGACUCCAACACCUACGACUGGAUACACUGGGACCCAAUUAGGCCUUUCCUGCACCAACACACCCGUCCUAAGCGUCCCAGGUCUCUGCGUAUAUACGAAGCUCACGUUGGCAUCGCCUCACCUGCGGAAGAGAUCGCCACCUACACCAACUUCACCCUCAACGUCCUGCCCAAAGUCAAAGACCUGGGUUAUAACUGUGUCCAGUUGAUGGCCAUCAUGGAGCAUGCGUACUACGGCAGCUUUGGAUACCAGGUCACCAACUUCUUCGCUGCCUCCAGUCGGUUCGGCAACCCUGAGGACCUGAAGAGGUUGGUGGACACCGCCCACUCUUUGGGGAUCACCGUCCUAUUGGAUGUGGUACAUAGCCACGCCUCCAGUAACACGGCUGAUGGGCUGAAUAAGUUUGACGGGACAGACUCCUGCUUCUUCCACUCUGGGCCUCGGGGACACCAUCCACAGUGGGGCUCACGCCUCUUCAACUACCAGAGUUGGGAGGUGUUGAGGUUCCUGCUGUCUAAUCUCAGAUGGUGGAUGGAGGAGUAUCGCUUCGAUGGCUUUAGGUUCGAUGGCGUCUCAUCCAUGCUCUACCACCACCACGGCAUCGCCAUGUCUUUCUCUGGUGGUUACAGUGAGUACUUUGGGAUGCAGGUUGAUGAGGACUCGAUCAUACAUCUGAUGCUUUCCAACCACAUCCUACACACACUCUACCCCGACUGCAUUACCAUCGCGGAGGAUGUAUCAGGAAUGCCAGGGUUGUGUAAACCAGUGAAGAAUGGAGGACUUGGCUUUGACUACAGACUCAACAUGGCUGUGCCUGACAAGUGGAUCCAGAUACUGAAGGAGUUAAAGGAUGAGGAAUGGGACAUGGGGAAUAUCGUCUACACGCUGACCAAUAGGAGGAAGGGCGAAGGAAGCAUCGGCUAUGCUGAGAGCCACGACCAGGCUCUGGUAGGUGAUAAGUCCCUGGCCUUCUGGCUGAUGGAUAAAGAGAUGUACACCAACAUGAGUUCCCUGAUCCCCAUGACUCCCGUCAUCGACCGAGGCAUCCAGCUACAUAAGAUGAUCCGGCUCCUCACACACGCUCUGGGGGGAGAGGGCUACCUCAACUUCAUGGGUAAUGAGUUUGGCCACCCAGAUUGGCUGGACUUCCCCAGGAAGGGUAAUGGUGAGAGUUACCAGUAUGCCCGUCGUCAGUACAACCUGUUAGACCCUGACAACAACCUACGCUAUACACAGCUUUACGCUUUUGACAGAGACAUGAACCUCACGGAGGACAAAUAUGGAUGGCUGGCCUCCCAGAAGGUGUUGAUGACCACGGCGGACGAGAAGGAUAAAGUGAUCGUGUUUGAAAGAGCCAACGUUAUGUUUGUUUUCAACUUCCACCCCAGUAACAGCUACAGUGACUACCGCAUAGCAGCCGGGCCGAACGGGAAAUAUCGUAUCAAGCUGGACAGUGAUGCUGAGCAGUAUGGGGGACAUGGUCGACUGGACACAGACACAGAGUUCUUCACCGAACAGGAACCAUUUAAAGACGUGAACGACCAAUGGCAGCCACACUCUUUGAAGGUAGGCUACAGUACCGCUGGGUGGGGUGUUGGGUCCAAGUCGGUUCCUCUGCAGCCACACUCUUUGAAGGUAGGCUACAGUACCGCUGGGUGGGUGUUGGGUCCAAGUCGGUUCCUCUGCAGCCCCUGUAUGAUUCUGCUUUGCUUUCAUCCACUUUUGAAAAUGUGCGGAGCUUUUUACCCAUGUUGUUGGCAGAGGCAGGUUGUGGCAGACGCACAUACAAACACACAUCUUAUAAAAUAAAGGUACCUAAUACUG